CAUAGAGAAAAUGAAAGAGUGAACAAGACAGAUAUUAGAGAGAGAGAGAGAGACAACAAGUUUCAUCUUCCCAGAUUUCAACAUGCGUGUCAUCAAUCUGGGUCCAGACCCCUCGCUGACCUACCGGCCAGACAUAAAGCCUCUCGCUGACAAGGACCAGUCAGAGUAUCGGAACUUUGAAGGUACUGAGCUAUUUGACCGGGUGUUCAACACAUACAAAUUGAUGCACACACACCAGACUUUGGAUUUUGUCAAACGGAAGCAUGUGGAGUGGAGUGGCUGUACCCACGCUAAGAUGACCAUGAUGGAGGCCAUCGACUCCUUGGACAAGUUGGUGGAUGAGUCUGACCCGGACGUGGACUUCCCCAACUCCUUCCACGCUUUCCAGACCGCCGAGGGCAUCCGAGCCCAGCACCCCGACAAAGACUGGUUCCAGCUGGUCGGGCUGAUCCAUGACGUGGGCAAGAGCAUGGCUCUGUGGGGAGAGCCUCAGUGGGCUGUGGUUGGGGACACUUUCCCAGUUGGCUGCAAGUUCCAAGACUCUAUUGUGUUCAGAGACACCACCUUUAAAGAAAACCCAGACAACACUGAUUCUGUACUAAGUACCGAGUGUGGCAUCUACAAGCCCAAGUGUGGACUGGAAAACAUGCUGAUGUCCUGGGGCCAUGACGAGUACCUGUACCAGGUGAUGAAAUUUAACAAGUGCACCAUCCCUGAGGAGGGUCUGUACAUGAUCCGGUUCCACUCGUUCUACCCCUGGCAUUGUGGAAACAGCUACAUGCAUCUGUGUGAUGACAAGGACGUGGCAAUGCUGCCCUGGGUCAAAGAGUUCAACAAGUUUGAUUUGUACACUAAGAGUGAGGAGCUGCCCGAUGUGGAAAACCUGAGGCCCUACUACCAGUCUCUCAUAGACAAGUACUGCCCUGGGGUCUUGCAGUGGUGAUACACACACAUGCACGCAGGCUGGAACUGGUGCCACACACACACACAUACUGAUCAUACAGAUGCUCAUCACAGGGACAAAUCAAAAACACUGCACUGCCAUAACAUGUAUCCACACAACCACUACACUCACUCACUGAUGUUGAUUUUAUAUCAUGAAUUUCCUGUUUCUAUUCUAGUAUGUAUAACUUUAAUUGAUUGAGUGCUAAUUAUGAAAAAUGGUAUUGUUAACUGACUGAUGUUAAAGGAGGGAAAAAGCAUUUGUCAACCAUAAGAUUGAUUUAUUAUAAACAUCGAAAAAAGUCA